AUGGCUACCUGCUUGAGUCUCAUUCGCAUCGCCGAAAACCCGCUCUCGGGAACCGAGAGCGUAGCCGCUCAUGUUCUUCAACGGGAAAUGGAGAGCAUUGUCUCAGCAAGGGAAACCUUUGAUGAGGUGGCGCUCCUCAGUGCAUAUCAAGCGUACCUGGUGUACACACUAGUCUUGUUCUUCCGAUUGAAGCAAGGAUCCUCUGCUUUCUUUCGUCAGGCAAUGAUGCAUUUACAAGAACUGGCAUGUAUGACAUGCCGUCAGGGAUUGGUGUGUACUGCUGAGCGACUGCAUCUCCGUCCCACGUGGGAAGAAUGGAUUGUCGCCGAGUCAAAGAGGCGCACCCUCUAUAUCAUGUAUCUUCUGGACAGCGUGCUUUCUGCUCAAGAAAGACUUCCCACAUUUCUCGCCACAGAACUACGGGGUCUUCCAGCACCGUCAAGUAAGCUUCUGUGGCACGCACGAACACGAAGUCAGUGGGAGAAAGAAUACAAUUUAUUUCUCACAGAGUGGACCAGCUCAUUCUUCGCCAUUGACGAGCUUUGGCCAAUUCGAGGCGGGGCCAGCGAAGCUGAUAUCACAAUCAGAGAAGACAGGACGAACCGCUGGCUUGAGAAUCUGGAUGAGUACGGAGUCAUGUUCUUCGCUGUCACAAGCUACACACAUGGCUGA